CCACAAAAGCAAAGAAGAAGAAGGAUUGCCGGAAGUUAAAAUCGCCAGUUUUAUUUUCAUUUUAAGUCCUAGUAAGAAGUACAAACCUCGAUUAUUUGCUCAGAGAUUAUGGGUUUACCAUGAACAGCUUCGUAAAUACAACGAUCGAUUCCAAGUAAAUUGUUUUCAGUGAGAUUUACUUCUAAUGCAUUAUUAUUAUUAUUAACAUUUAUUUUUAUGAUGGACUUAAUAUUUCAGCUAAGGGAUAAAAGUAAGCUGGUAUUUGGUUAUGAGCCUUCUAGUUCGGGCGUUUCUUUUGACAUGACGGCCAGCUGCAUUCUUUAGAACGAGUGAUUGAAAGUCUGCACCUGAUGUUCAAUGAUGCUGAGUCGGAUCGUGCCAGUGAGGUUGUGGUUUGGAUCGGACCGGCCUGGGUUCUGCUUAGGAACGUCUUUAUUGAUAACCUCGAUUCUGCUGAUCUAUGCAUUUGGGAUCCAGGCAAGUCUGAGUUUAGGUCCAGGAGGAGAUUUUCCAAGGCUUAGAGAUGUGUUGCUUUACGCUCUAAGUCAUGAGGAUGUGCCCUCCCUGCUGGUCAGCGUUGUGCUCUUGCUGCUGUUUGGACCGAGCCAGGAGCGUCGAUGGGGAACGGUUGCCUUGCUGGCCCUCUCAUUCCUCACUAUGUCAAUUUUACCUUUACUUUACGUUCUGGUCCUGUUUGUGGGUGGAGGAGAGGCGAGUCGGAUCUGUGGGUACUCUGCUAUCCAGCUCGCCCUGUUUACAGCACAAUGCCGGCAGACAACACAAAGGAGGCUGCUCAGGUGUUUACCAGUCUGGAUGCUACCAUGGCUUCUUCUGCUGCUUGGCCUCCUGCUGCUGCCUGGCACCCCUGCUCUACUCCACUUCUGUGCAAUAUGCAUCGGUCACAACUAUCAACAGCCUUUCAUUGGAACGCUACAGGAACUGGAGGAUUCAAGAAUUCUUGAUGUUCUUCCUGUUCGUGCAUAUAUUCCCACUUCAUCCAGAUCGAGAUUGCCAAUUUAUGCAACCUCUCAAAGAUCACCUCCCCACUUGGUGCCUCAAGGUCAGGUAUCUCCUCCUCUAGAGAGGGAUCCUGUAGCUUUCCACCAGCAUUCCUGGAUGGGAAUGUCACCUGGUUGGAUGUUAGAGAAUUCUGCCACCCUGUCUGAGGCAGAGGUUCUAGAGGAAGAAAUGCUGAGGGCAGGGAUACUGGCCUCGCUGAAGGAUGCUCCCGAGGAGGAUCCCAAUUCAAAGAUUGAAGUGCCCAAAUCGUCAGUCUCAUCUCUGCGACUUCAGCAGCUGGAGAAGAUGGGCUUCCCUACAGAGAAGGCUGUGGUGGCUUUAGCAGCAUCAAAACAGCUAGAUGGCGCCAUCUCACUACUGAUUGACGACAGCAUUGGAGAACAAGCUGUGGUAGUAUCAAAGGGAAAAAGCCCUCAACCGUCACAAAACACUAGACACCCUCACACUCCUGGACAUAAUCUGUAACAGUAUUUGCACCUGUACAAUAAACUGGACAUACUUUGUGCUUGGGUUAUGCUGAGUAUUCCACCUGCUGAACAAGAA